CGCACCCUGCCUGACCACCUCGGGUUUCCUUGGGCGCCACGGCACAGGACGACGACGGACCGCCAAUAAGAGCUCCGCCGCUCGCUAGGACAGCUACCGGUGGUGUUGUGUUGUUCGCGCAGCAGAAUCGCCGCCGCCUGAUCCGAUCACACUACCCCCUCCCUGGUAAGCAGACGGGCUAGGCAGGCAUGAUGGGGGGCAAAAAUAAACGCAGAGGGAAGGUGGCUCCUCCUCGUACCAAUAAUGCUACAUGUAGCAUUACUCCUCCUCGCAUUCCUCCAAGUCUUCCGGAGGAUAUCUGGUGCCAUAUACAUUCUCUAAUUCCACUGAGGUCUGCUGCCCGAGUAGCAUGUGUGUCUCGUUUAUUUCGGGAUUCCUGGAGUAGCUAUCCCAACCUCACUUUCAGUAGUGAGGCAUUGGGCUUGGAUAAAAAAUCAUAUAGAACGAAAAUAUCUGGGGAGUUUACACGCAAAAUUGACCACAUUAUGAGAAACCACUCGGGCACAGGCAUGAGAACUCUCAAGCUUUUGUUUGUUCCAACUUCCAAUGUGAAUGAAUAUAUGUAUGUGGACAAAUGGCUUCGGAUGGCUGUUACACGUGGGAUUCAAGAACUCGCCCUUGUUCCGCGUCCAGGAGAUGACGAAUACGAGUUCUCGUUGUCUCUUUUAACAAAGGGGAAGGGAGACUCGAUCCGGCAUCUUCACCUUGAGGAUUGUUUCAUUUGUCCAACAGUUGAGCCUUGUUGCUUGAGAAGCCUGACCAUAUUGGAUCUGACUUCUGUGCAUGUCACGGGGGAUGAGUUAUGGUGCCUUCUUUCCGGCUCUUCAGCUUUAGAGCGUUUUGAACUGAAGUAUUGCGACAACACAGUCUGCUUGAAAAUACCUCGUCAUCUUCGGCGGCUAAGCUACGUGAAGGUGCAAGGUUGUAGCGAGCUACAAGUGAUAGAGAGCAAAGCUCCAAAGCUCUCCAGAUUUGAGUUUGUAGGCGAGCUCCUCCAGGUACAAAUCUCACUUGGAGAAGCAUUGCAAAUGAGGAACUUACGCAUAACAUGUGACGACAUUCAUUGUUCCACUCAGGCGGAGCUGGCAUCCAGCAUGCCAAGCAGAGAGAUGAUCAACUCACCAAUGGAAUCUAGCAAACUUGUCAACCUGAAGUCUGUGGGUUUUGUUCUUGGAGAAGUGCCCUUUGGUCGGAGCUUUGAUUGUUCUUCUCUGUUUCCUCUCUUUGGUGCUUCUCUUACCUUGGAGACUUUCAUCUCGCAUGUAUUCAACGAACUCAUGCAUCAUGCUUUAGUUUUCGGAGAUCCUACAAGGUUGUCGAAGUUCAACACGACCGGUGUUGUAUCCCCCGAGAAGAAGUCACGGGUCGAGGAAGCAUGUCAUAUGCUCAGGGCCUGGUUGAGCUAAACAAUUUUGAAGUUUUGCACAGUCGAUCAUGGAGCUAAACAUUAGAUAUCUUAAGUUGUAUGGUUUUCUGAUUAUGAAGUUUCUCCAAGCAAAAGAUAAUAUUGACAACCCGCAUUUUUCUAAGAUGGUCCCUCAUGUGAGAAAGGUGUACAUCGCAGAAAAUUAAUAGGGCCAAGUGGGCAUGUUGUGCAUAUCAGUUUGUCAGUCUGGGUGACAUUGCAAGAUGUAGCUGACACCACUCUGCAGGCUAUUACAUCUA